AUGGCUCAAAAAAUCGACACCGAAGUUGAAUGGUAUUUGAAAGCUAUGCAUAUUUCUGAAGUCAUCAGUUUUCCGAUGAAUUUUUUUGGACUAUUAGUUGUGAUUUUUGUGAGAAAACAAGAAAUGACGAAUCGAACAGAAGUUAUCAUUUUUCAGGUUUUUCAGAUUUCCCGAACUCAGAAACAUCCCACAUAUUUUCCAGCUCUGCUCAAUGCUCACAGAUUUUCUAAUAAACAUCGGAACUCUUCCCAACAUCCUAGCUCCAUAUCCAAUUAUUCGAACUCAUGGAAUAUUCUCAACAAUUUUCCCAGAUUCCGUGAAAUUCCAAAUUCUUCUAAUUCUCAUCUCAAUUUUCUACACAGCAGCCACUUUAGAACUCAUGUUUUUACUACGCUAUCAAUCAAUUAUUCCGAUUGUGAGUUGAGUUAGGGGUUGCUCUGAAGUUGAGCUAAAAUUUUUAAAGGGAGAUCCUAAUAAAGUGUCGCCUUUCAAAUGCAUUCUACUGAUUUUGAUUGUCUCGACUUUUUGGUUUUUGACUUGUGUUAUCUCGUUUAUUUAUGCAAUUCCUGAUUUGGAGACGUCAAGAUCCAGUUUCAUAAUGGCGAGUCUAGGCUAG